CGAGGCAGCAGUGGAGCAAAUGAGUAUAAAUACCAGCACCUUUUCCCUCAGUCAACCAUCACAAAGGAGCUGACAAGAGUCAACGAGAGAGUCAAAGGAUCUGACCACCUUAAACCACUCAAACCUCCUGAAGAUGAAGGCGUUCAGUUAGUUGCAGUGGCCGUUGCACUCAUCUGUAUUUGCAUUCAGCAGAGCUCUGCCACAUUUGCUGAGAUACGAGAACUGCAAGAGCUACAAGAGGCUGUGAACAAUGACAGUCCAGCUGCUGAACAUCAGGAGGUAUCAGCUGACUCAUGGCUGAUGCCGUACCACAGACAGAAGCGUGGCAUCAAGUGUCGCUUUUGCUGCGGCUGCUGCAAUUCUGGUGUCUGUGGAUUGUGCUGCAGAUUCUGAGAAUAUCUACCUGCGAUUCUCACAUUAACCACUAAAUAUAGACGGUUAUACCUGAAAUGAUUUGACUGCUUAGCAUUUGUUAAAGUCUGACAGUGUUUCUUCAUCUGGUGAUCCUGCUGUAACAGUGAACAGUGCAGCAUUUGGAACUACAGUAUGUUAUUAUAUUAAACUUCAGUGGCACUAUACUACAACAUGUGCUGUUUGUUUCUGUUUCUGUCUGACAAGAAUGAAACAUUAAUGGAAACCAGUGACAUGAAGCUCCUGAUGUACACUUUUUGUGCUGAUGCCAGUUAAGAGUUGUGGCCUCAUACUCUUGCCCAUAUAGUAUGUGGUACAACCUGUUAAUAGAGCCAAGUCAUUGAUAGCAAAAGUAAAGUGAGCAGCUUAACAGUAACUGUCAAAAAUUGUCAAACUGUCAAAAAAAAAUUAUUACUAGUGCUCUUUCAUAAAGUCAUCAUGAAGAUAUCCUUUGUUGCUUUUCAAAACUGAUGUUGUUUCAUUACGUUUUUCACCAUUUUUUCACUAUUUCACCAUUUUCAUGAAAAACUAAGGUUUUACGCUCACAGCAUUAUUCAGCUUUCUGUAGAUAUGUUACUCCAGACGACAAUAUUUUUGAAUACGAGAACAGAACCACAA